GAGGUUGUAUGUGGGAAAGUUAUUUGUAUGGAUGUUCGAGGAGUUUGUGCAUUGCCUCAGUGGGGUUGUUUUUGUUUUGUUUUGUUUUUGUUUUUGUUUUUGUUUUUUUUUUUGUGAGUGUUGGUGUUGCUUCUUUUUUUCCUGGUGUUGUUGUUUAGAUUGUUGCCUUUGAGGACGACGGUGAUGCGGGCGUACGUGCGUUGUCGGUAGGUUGCGGCGAGGGGAUUGAUGUGGCGUAGGUGAGAGUUUUGGUUGUGGAUUGUAGAUCCAAGGAUUGAAGGACGGCGGCGCUUUCCAGGUUAGGGCGAGGAGCGUUGCUUGCGAGUAUGGGGCGAGGCGGUGUCGUAGUGCAGGGGUGAUGUGCGCGGGAGCAGAUUGAGGGAGGGAUGAAGAGAGGAACAGGAUUGAUUGGGAGUGAAGGUGAUAGUAAGGAAUAGAGAGGAAAUGGGCCGAUCAACGCAAAACCCUAGUACCAGCAUGGAGGGAUCAGCGGGGGGCGAGGGAUGGGGGAAGACGAGGCUCAACGGCGGAGCUGUGGCAUGUAUGAUGAACGUGGAGGUGAGUGCGGUGUUGGCCGUGAUGCGUCGGAAUGCGCGAUGGGCGGGACGUUACAUGGCGAGCGACGAUCAGCUGGAGCAUCCGCUCAUCAGGUCGCUCAAGAGUCUCAGACGGCGAAUUUUCACGUGGCAUCUGCAGCAGCCGUGGCACACAAUUAAACCUGCCUUAUACUUGUCCCCCUUUCUCGAUGUCAUCCGGUCUGAUGAAACUGGCGCCCAGAUUACAGGAAUCGCUCUUUCUGCAGUGUACAAAAUUAUUACAUUACAGGUUUUUGAUGUUCAUACCAUGCAGGUGGAUGUUGCAAUGCAUAUGAUUGUAGAUGCCGUCACUAGCUGCAGGUUCGAGGUCACCGACCCUGCCUCAGAGGAGGUCGUUUUGAUGAAAAUUUUGCAGGUACUUCUUGCAUGUAUGAGAAGUGGAGCGGGUGCAGUUUUGAGCAACCGGGAUGUAUGCAAUGUUUUGAACACAAGUUUUCGUGUGGUCCACCAAGCUGGCAGCAAGGGAGAGCUCUUGCUACGCACAGCACGCCACACAAUGCAUGAGCUUGUUCGAGCUGUCUUCUCUCAUCUUCCAUCUUUGAAUGUGACCCCCGCUCUUAUUGCUCUUCCGAGCAACAACCCCGAGGCUGCAUCCAGUAAUGGUGCUGUCUAUGAUGCAUCUGAAACAAACGUGGAUAGUGAAGUGGCUGGUAAUGGUGAACUAGCAGAUUAUGAAGGGGUUGAGACAUUUAGCGAAGAUGGGUCUAGAGGGUUUCCCUACUCUGGGAGUAACGGUCAAAGUAGAAGUGUUAUGGUCACCGAUCAAAUUAGCGCCAUUGAACCGUAUGGCAUACCGUGUAUGGUUGAGAUUUUCAGUUUUCUGUGUUCACUCUUGAACAUUGCAGAUCCUCAAAGCCCGGGACAAGCUGUAUUAGCCAGCGAUGAAGACGUACCUCACUUUGCACUUUUGCUGAUUAAUUCCGCAAUAGAGCUUGGAGGAGAGUCGUUUAGCCGCCACCCGAAGCUACUGGCCUUGGUCCAAGAUGAGCUGUUCAGAAACCUAAUGUUGAUGGGGCUUUCACCUAAUCCCUUGGUCCUGUCGAUGGUUUGUGGAAUCGUCUUGAACCUGUAUCAUCAUCUCCGUACUGCUUUAAAACUUCAAUUGGAGGCAUUUUUCUCCUUUAUCUUGAUUCGGCUUGCAUCAGGAAAUUAUGGCGCGACGCAUCAGCAACAAGAAGUUGCCAUGGAAGCUAUUGUAGAUUUUUGUCGGCAACCUACCUUCAUGCCUGAAAUGUACGCAAACUUCGACUGUGAUAUCACUCUGAGCAACACUUUUGAGGAUCUGGGUAACCUGCUUUCGAAGAGUGCCUUCCCAGUCAAUUGCCCUUUAUCUGCCAUGCAUGUACUGGCACUGGAAGGCAUUCUUGCCGUUGUCCACAGUAUGGCCGACCGGGUUGAUUCUGGAGCCUCAGCACUUACAUCUAGCACUUUAUCUAUGGUAGCUGAGAAUCAGGAAUACGUUCCGUUCUGGACGUUGAAAUGCGAGAAUUAUGAAGAUCCUGUUAGUUGGGUUGACCAUGUAAAGCAUCAGAAGUAUGUCAAGCGCCGGCUUAUGAUUGGGGCAGAUCACUUUAAUAGAGACCCAAAGAAGGGGCUGGAGUUUCUUCAAGGCAUCAGAUUGCUUCCUGCAAAAUUGGAUCCCAAGAGCGUAGCUUGCUUCUUUAGGUACACCACAGACCUAAACAAGGAUCUUCUGGGAGAUUUUUUGGGAGACCCUGAUGAUUUUUGUCUGAAAGUGUUGGAGGAAUUUGCUGGUACUUUUAACUUCAGUGAAAUGGGUAUUGAUGGUGCUUUGCGGACUUUCUUGGAGAGCUUUCGGUUGCCUGGAGAAGCACAAAAAAUCCACAGGGUUUUGGAAGCCUUUUCAGAAAGGUAUUAUCACCAAUCGAAGGGCAUUUUUGCCAACAAAGAUGCCGCGUUUGUGCUGUCAUACUCGGUCAUUAUGCUCAACACCGAUCAGCACAACGUGCAGGUGAAGAAGAAAAUGACCGAGGAGGACUUUAUUAAGAAUUUACGAAGUAUAAACGAUGGUCAAGACUUGCCUCGUAAAAUGCUCUCUGAACUCUACCAUUCUAUCGUAAGAAGUGAAAUCAAAAUAUCAUAUGAUGGUGGAACUGGUGUUUCUGAGUUGACUCACAGUCGGUGGGUUGAUUUGAUGCGCCGUUCUAUUACAACGACUCCCUAUAUCACCUGCGAUUCACGACCUCUCCUCGACCAUGACAUGUUUGCUAUCAUUUCUGGCCCAACAAUCGCUGCUAUUUCUGUGGUGUUUGACCAUGCUGAUGAUGAAGAGGUCCUGCGAUCCUGUGUUGAGGGUUUUCUUGCUGUUGCCAAGAUUUGCGCUAGUCAUCGAUUGCAAGAUGUCUUGGACGACCUUGUAGUUUCUCUUUGCAAGUUCACUACUUUGCUCAAUCCCUUGGCUUCUGCUGAAGAACCAGUGGUUGCUUUUGGUGAUGACACUAAAGCUCGCAUGGCGGCUAUCACUGUGUUUUCAAUUGCAAACAAAUUUGGAGAUUUUAUUCGCACUGGCUGGCGCAACAUCCUGGAUUGUAUUUUACGUCUGCACAAGUUAGGACUUCUACCUUCCCGGGUUCCCAGUGAUCCAGUAGAAGACUCCGACCUGGUCGGUGAUUCUGUGCAAGGUAAACUUGCAGGGAGUACAUCGGGAAUGGCCUCGAUGCCUGUGACAGGAAAUCGACGGCGCUCCACUGGCUUAAUGUCCAGAUUUAGCCAGUUACUCUCCCUGGAUGCUGAUGAGCCGCGAUUUGCUCCCACAGAGCAUCAGCUAGCUGCUCAACAACGAACAUUGCGCACAAUUGAGUCUUGUCACAUCGACCAAAUUUUCACGGAUAGUAAAUUUUUGCAAGCUGAAUCACUGCAACAGUUGGCGAGGGCGCUUGUCUGGGCCGCUGGGAGGCCCCAAAAGAAUGGAGGCUCGAGUGAGGACGAGGACACUGCAGUCUUUUGCUUAGAGCUUCUGUUUGCGAUUACUUUGAAUAAUCGGGACCGCAUUAUGCUGCUAUGGCAAGGCGUUUAUGAUCACAUGGCAGGCAUUGUUCAAACAACUGUUGUUCCUGGUUUGUUGGUUGAGAAGGCAGUAUUUGGGCUCUUGAGAAUUUGCCAGCGUUUGCUUCCAUAUAAAGAGGACUUGGCCGAGGAGCUUCUGAGGUCGCUACAACUCAUUUUGAAGCUUGAUGCUCGGGUAGCAGAUGCAUUUUGUGAAAGAAUAACUCAGGAAGUAAUGGUGCUGGUGAGGGAAAACUCUGGGCACAUCAAAUCACCCAUGGGCUGGCGUACUGUCUCAUCUCUUCUCUCCAUUACCGCCCGACAUCCUGAAGCCUCCGAUCCUGGAUUUGAGGCACUUUCAUUCAUCAUGCAAGAUGGGGCUCACCUAACUCCUGCCAACUAUGUUCUAUGUUUGGAUGCUGCACGCGCAUUUGCUGAAGCCAGAGUUGGUGGAAUUGAAAGGUCGAUUAGAGCACUAGAUCUUCUUUCAGACUCUGUAGGAUGUCUCAAAAGGUGGUCCAAAGCGAAAUCUGCGAGUACAGGACUAUCUACCUCUGAGGUUGUGGAAGGAUCUUCUCGCUUUUCACAAGAGUUGGCUGAGAUGUGGCUAAGAUUAGCACAAGGACUGAGGAGAGUUUGCCUUGAGCAGAGAGAGGAAGUGCGAAAUUAUGCCAUAAUUUGUUUGCAGCGCUGCCUUGCUGCUGCUGGCAGUAUUGCUCUGACCCCAACAAUGUGGAUACAGUCCUUCGAACAGGUGGUCUUAACUUUAAUGGAUGAGCUGUUGGAUAUUGCCGUUAGAUACCCGCCAAAGGAAUACAGAGGCAUGGAGAGUACAUUAAUCCAUGCUGUAAAAUUCCUCUCGAAUUUUUAUUUACAGUUUCUUGAUCAGUUUGCACAAUUACCUACAUUCCGUACUACGUGGACUCAGGUUUUGAAUCGUAUGGAGAUGUAUAUGAAUGCAAAGCUUCGCAGUAGGAAUACUGAGAAACUUCAGGAACUCGUACCUGAGCUUCUUCGGAAUAUAUUGAAGGUCAUGCACGGUCGCAAGAUCUUAGUGCAGUCAAGCACAUCAAGUGGAGACAGCUUUUGGGAGUUAACCUGGCAGCUUAUGCGAAGUAUUUCCCCUUCUUUGGAACCAGACCUUUUAAAUGAACCUAUUUCAGAGGAGGGCAGAGAUGCUCCCGCAGACCUCAAUGGAUCAACAGUAGCUGAACCAGGUACUGACGCAGCUAGCUUACCCUCGGAGGAUCAAGGCACAGAAGAGCAUGAGUCAUUUGAAGAAACGCAAUGAUGUUUAGGAUUAACCCCGCAUAGAAUUAGAGCAAUCAAGGUACCUGAAUGCAUUUGAGUUCACAUCGUAUGCAAAUGGAGCUUUCCAUAUUGUAUGAAGCUACUUGGGGCCCAUUUUGAAGGGUAUCGCUGUUGCGCUGUUAAAUCUUUUCCAUCUGCUCAUCAAACCACAGUUUGUGAAGGCAUUUCACAACCUCGUGCAUUUAGAUGUGGGUUGAAUGUUAUAUUGGGAAUCUGCCCUAGCCCAAAUGGCGCAGCUAUUCUCGAAGUCACGGUCGCAAUUUAGUGUACAUUAGGUUUGAGGAGGUCCGUUGCAGCUCGAGGACCUGAGCAGAUUUCGAUAGGGUCAAGAUCUAUGUGAACUGCAUAUUGUCUUGAUGUACCUUUUCAUGAUUUGUGGGGCUUGGUGCCUACUUGAUUGAUCAGAUGAGUCACUUUGUGAAUACAUUGAACUUUUGUUGAAGUGUUACUCAUUCGGUACAUAAUGGAACAAAAAUCCAGAAC